AUGAUGAUGCUCGUCUCCUCCGCCACGGUGACACCGGUCCCGCAAGCGCUCGAGCUCGCACCCACAUGGUCGCACCGUCAUCACACUUCAUCACCCAGCCAGCGUUCCUCGUCAUCCUCCUCCCAGCACAGCCGCACAUCUCAACGAGACAGGUUCAUCAAGCUCGAGGCAACAGAACAUCCCAUGCGAACUGGCACGGUCAUGCUCGACACUCUGUCGCCGACGUCCGCACCAUCUGAAGAUGUCCAAAAUCUGCGUGCGAGCAAACGCAAGGGCAACGUCGAGCUGCCCGUACCUUUCCGCACGCCAACAUCCAGUCAGACGGCUUCCGCGCAGUCCACAGACAAAGUAAGCAGGCAGGCAUCGGCUGCAGUCGUCACACCUGGCAAACGUCGUCGCGUCAGUGUCGCUCGUCUCGACAAUGUCAGCACGAGUUUGGAUGACGAGAGCACGCAAGGGAGCGGACAAGGUCUCGGCUCACAGGUUUCGCCUACCAUCACCCUGGUUGCGAGUCCCUCCUUCCCGACUAGCGCUCACUCACAGGCGGCCCGCAAGCUAUCGCUCGGCGGCAACAACCAAAGCGAGCCCGUGUCGCCCAUUGUACUCAGCUUCGAUCCAACUUCGGUCGCAGGCGAUGCACAGGCUGUCGAACAGAUGCAAAAGUCACUCGCACUUCGCAAAGAGCAGCAAGCCCUCAUCGAGAGCAGACAGAGAGACUCUCUAGGCAAUUCCUCCCGAGCAGGUCCACCCUCGACUGCUUCACUUCGUAGAACAGCUUCAGUCUCCAAUGACACUUCUGUCAGCUAUGGACCAUUGGCAUCACGGCGAGGCACGAUCGCUCGUGAGAAGGCACGCAACUUGACGAUCAGGACGAACGCAAGGGAUGCCCAUCUGCCUCAGAUCAAAUCGGCGCCUCUGCAAGUGCCACGCGGCUAUGGCAACGAAGAGACGUAUGUGCCCAUUGCGCGCACAGCGGUCGGCAGUCAAGCCGCUGGCCCACUCACUGCUGCCUUGGCAUCGAGUCGCGACUUCUUUGAGCGUCGCAAUCAUCUUGCCUCUCUUGCGCAAAGUCAAAUCGACGAGCGCGACCUGCCUAGCAUCGCACACUUUCGACACCAUGCUGAUGAAAGGAUGCUGUCUCCCCGCUCAUCAUUGUCGCAAUCGACGGCCAGCUAUCUGCCAUCCAUUUCGCAGCCUCAUCCGCAGAAUCAUUCGCAUUCAUCGGCAAGAACGUCAGAAUCAUCGGAGGUCUCAUCGAGGAGAGCCUUCAUGUCGCAUUUCGAAGGUUUUUACGAUACCAUCAACAAUUCUCGCGUGCUACAAGCUACAUUGGACGAUCAAAUCCGCAAGUCGACAACACUGCUCAGUGACCUCCAGGGCUCAUCCGCUGCUUUCGAGGGAAUGCUCGAGCGUCGUAUGUCAGACCUCUGCAAGACUGUCACAGCCGAUCUGCAGCUCCUCGAGAAUCGUAUCGAUAAGCUCGAGCGGAGCAUCUCGGACGGUGAUAUCGGACGCACAGAGCGAACAGCAACGCUGGGCGAGAGAUUGACUAGACUUGAGCGCACCUUCCUGGAGCCACUGAAGUCAGCUUCGGCCGUCUACACUACUUCGAGUCUGCGGUCUACUGGUCAGCACGAGCAACAGCGCUCGCCUUAG